UUAUGAUCGCUAGGUUCAACCUUUGAUAAAAGACAGCAAUAGAACAACAUUUGGUUUGGAAAGUCUAUUUGAUAUUGGUGCUACUGGAAUGAAAGUGUUAUCUGGUAAAGAAUCGAUAUCAUCAAGGUCUCCCUCCAUCAAAACAGACAAUACUGAUACCACAAUUAAUACACAUGGAAAUCCAUUGAUGGAUAUCUUACUAACUCUACAGUUACAUAUCAACAAAAACAUGUCAAUCAUCAAUCAGAACCAGAAAAGAUUACUUCAACGUAUCAAGCAUGUGGAUGAUCUCAGUUUGAAGACAACCCAAACGAUUGGUGUAGCACUAAAUCAGUCAAGGAUAGUCUCAGACCGACUUAAUGAAGCAAAAUAUAUCAAGAGUCAAGCAAAAGAAACAAGGCAAUAUGCUACUAAUAUAUUUGAAUCUUUAUGUCGGAUACAAAAGCUUUUAGAACCUGAAGAUUGUGUUGGGCAUACAGAAUUUGGACAACGGUGGCCAAUAUUACACUCGCUUCAUCAAAGAGCAAGUAACAACGGCAAUUCACGAUCAAUUCUGCAUUCAUCAUCAUCUAACAAUCAGCAUCAGCAACAAAAAGGAGCAGCAGCCUCAGCAACUAUUACUCGUGCUCAUGUUUCUUCUUCAUCUUCUUCAAAUGAACCAUCGACCACUGCGCCCUUAUCUUCAUCCUCAUCUUCAUCAUCUAUUGCUCUAGUUUCAACGGUAUCAAGUGCAGAUACAACGACAUCAUAUUGUAAUCAAAAGGAAGCUCAACAAUCAAAUUUGGAUAUAUCCACGGUAGUGAUGAAUCAACUGCGAAAUCUGGUGGAUUAUGGCGGAAUCAAUGAACAUGGUGGAAUGGAAAACUCGACUGGAGAUACCGAAUCAGUUCAGCCUGUUGUGAAUACUGAUGAUACACUUUCUUCAACCUAGCUAGUAGUAGUAAUAUUAAUAGUAGUAGAACGUUUGUAUGAUAGAAUGGUUUUUUAGUAGAUUAGGCUACCUUUCAUUGUCAGUUACUAUUUUCAUAGUAUGGGAAUAAAAUAAUACAUUUGAACAUUU